AUGGGCCAGAUCACAGCAGCGCGGCCCGGGGUGUCGGAGGGAGCUGGCGAGCCCGAGGCCUGGAACGCGCUCAAAGAGAAGUGGGAGAGGCAAGGGGACCGGGGAGGCGUGAACGGCGGUGUCGGCACUGGGUGCCCGUGGCCCCGGAGCCGACCCUGGGGGUCUCCAUCGCUGCCCGACGGCUGCUGUGAGCCAGCCAGGCCCAUGGCCUGCGAGAGCGGGAGCGAGCGGGAGAGGGAGGCAGAGGAGGACGAGGGAGGGGGCGCUUCGGACACGGAGCCCAUGCUGCCUCGAGGGCGCCCUGCACACCAGGCGCCCGCCCUGGGGCGCGGCCUCAGGACGCUGCUGCUGCGGCCCGGCCGGCUCCUGGCCGGGCUCUUGCUCCACCUGCUGCUGCCCGCGACCACAUUCCUGCUGGUGCUGCUGCCAGCAGCCGCCCUCAUCUACCUGGGAUUCCUGUGCCACUCCAGGGUCCACCCGGCGCCGGUCCCCACGUGCCGCGCGCUGCUCUCGGACCGCAGCUCCGCGACGCUCAUCGUGCUGGGCUUCCUCUCGCUGCCGCCGCUGCUGGUGCUCGCCUCGGCCACCCGCGCCCGCCUGGCCUGGCGCCUCCGCCUGCUGCUGCCGCCCCCAACUUGGACCCCUGGAUCCCGCCGACACCCAGGGUCCAGCGACUCCGGGCGGACAGAACGCCACCCCGACGGGGAGGAGCAGCUCUGCGCCUGGGUGUGA